UGGUACGUACUUCGACUACAUCGAGACUCCAGGUCUGAUGACGGAAAAGACUGCUUCGGUAGCAAGAUAGAGAGAGAUUUUCUCUAGAGAGAAAGAAACAGAGGACACCCAACUUUGAUUGCCUAUCCACCACAGGAGAGAGAGAGAGAGCUAGCCAACGAAGAGAAAAAAAACCGAUACGUACACACACAGUACACACAGAGAAGGCUUGAUCUAAUGUCCACUAAAGGCUUGCAAAAGUUCUCAGUACUUAAUCGUCAAAAGGUUUGCAGCAGAGCAGGUUUUAGCAGACAAGAAGACAAGAUGGGUUGCAAUGUAGAAGCAUGCGCAGAGUGCACCCAGAAUUGUCAAUUGAUUCAUGGGAAGAAGAAAGACUCAUCAGCCACCAUUACCUCAUUUUUUAAAGUCAUGAUCGGCGAUGAUUUUUCAAAAGUUCUGUUCUUGCCUCCAAAAUUUGCUCGAACUGUGUCAGCUUUGGUUGGCGAGAAAACUUAUCUUGAGGAUUCAAUGGGGCUGCGGUGGAGUGUAAAAGUAUCCAAUAGUGGUGGUUCCAUUGCAUUUGAACAGGGAUGGCAUGCUUUCUCAUUGGGCCAUAAUCUGGAAUCAGGAGAUUUCUUGGUAUUCAAUUACAUCAAGGGAUCCCAUUUUGUUGUUCAAAUCUAUGGGAAAAGUGGGUGCCACAAACUAGCUGAAAAGAGCCGUGGACGUAAGAAAAUAAUGAGGACAAAUAGUGAUUCUAUUGCCAAAGAUGGACCAUGCUAUACAGUUGAUAAAGGUUCAAUGAACAGAGAGGUUUCCAGUACUUCUGUUGUAUCUCAGCCAGACAUUGAAAUAACUGAAAGCCAAUGUCAUAUGAUUGGUGUAGAAAAAGUACCAAUGGUCAUGGAAAAUACUUUAACUUUUGAUAGAGAUCCAAGAAUGAAGCAAAGAGUAGGCAGAAGUUCUUUAUAUGAAUUGUCCAACUUUGGAAGGCCAAUGAGCAGUUCCGGUGCAGAUGACACUAAGAAAGUUCUAGUUGAGGAUGAAAGGUCACAUCACGCUGACACAGUGCUGAGACCUCAGGCUGAAACAUUGUUAGUUGAUAAUGGUCCGGCUGCUAAAGCAGUGUUAGUUGAUAGUGGUCUGGCGGCUGAAGCAGUGUCAGUUGAUAAUGGUCUGGCUGCUGUAGCAGUUGGGAGUUGGGCAGCACCUUCUGAAACAUCUCACUUUGCAACAAAUGCAAAAAAUGAUGAUUCUAUGAGAAUGGAUAAAAUAAUAUUCAUGUCUCGAAAAGAUUCUGGCAGUGGAAAUAGCUCUGGGCAUCUCCUUGGCACAUCUGCUGCGGAAGCUGCAAGAAAUGGAAAAAGCCAUGCUGAGAUGUCGAAUAGUGUUAUAAAAAAAUGCCAGAAAGCUAAGAGAAAGAGAGACGCACAGUCAACAGGCACUGAUGGAGUGUCUCAGAAGGAAUGUACUUCCCUCAUGGAAAGUAGUCCGAAUGUCCUGCAGAAAAUUACUGGAUAUUCAGAGUUCCAUAACCUUCCAGUCUCUAUUGCAAUGCAAAAUUGCCAGUUUGGCAAAAGGAUGCAAGUGGUUAAAAAAGAGAGAGAAAUGGGCACUCAUGAGGAGACAAGACAUGGGAAGGAGCCAAAGAUGAGCAAUGAGCGCGGUCAAAGUGAUAAUUAUAAAGGCUACAAAGUGGUGAAAAAUGAACCUGUUGAUUCAACUGAUGUUUCCUCACUGGAUGCCAUCAGUUCGGUGGUGGGAGAUAGUCAAUCAUUUCUUGAGUUGCCAACAAACUUGCCAUCAAUUUCAUUCAAGGGUAGGACAAGAAUGGACAGGAAGCUUGUACUCCUUCGAGAUCCAGUUUCAAGAUUGUGGCCAGUUCUCUACCAUGAGAAAUAUGGUGUCAAAGUUCUGGCAAGCGGGUGGAAAGGAUUUCGCAAAGCAAACAACGUUCAACCAGGAGAUCAAUGUGGUUUUGCUGUUGAAGAUGUACUUGAGUGCAUUUACAGAGUCAAUAUAGUUGGUAAGUAAGAUAUGGAGGGCAGUGCUCUUGUGUUUUUGGUCGUGCUUGUGGCUUGAACGUAAUAGGAGAUCUUUUGAGGGAUCAGAGUCUUCUAUUGGGAUGCUGCAGUUCUCUAUUCUUAGCUCUCUUUUUUUGUUGGGUUCUUGGGAGAAAUUGUAAAUCUAUGGGGGAGACGGAUGAUUUUUUGGACUCGAGAGUUUUGGGGCCAUGUUAGGCCAUGUGUAGCUUUUGUGGGAUGCGUUCCUGUUUGAACGCUUUCUAUUACAUCUUUACUAAUCAAAAAAAGAAAAGAAAAAAUAGGACGAAUGUCAAUCCCUUCUAAGUUCCAUUUCCUAGUUUGUAUAUCAGUAGUUCAGUAUUUUGGACAAAAAUGUAAUGAGAAUGUUAAACCAGAAUAUAUAUGAAGAUUCUAGGUUUAUAAAAAACACUAGUGCUCACGUUAUGAGAGUUUGGUAGCCAGAAUGAAUCAUUUGUUACAUGUGUGCA